CACGUGCGGUCUCCUACCAAUUGGAGUUCAAGUAGCUGCCGCCAUAUUGUCGCGACGAAAGGAUCAGGUUGUCAAGAAGUUAGUUGUAAUGCUAGAAAUUGUGUAAAUGUGAAGAAAAUAGAGGAGAAACUAUGGUUAAAGAACUAAGUAAUUUUAAAAAUAAGAAAUUGCAUUCUUCGAAACCCUAUGAUGUAUCCAACUCUUUUGUCAAAAAGGUUGCUUCUAGUGUAACAAACCUUCUUCCACAACCAGCAUGGCUUAGUAAAUGGUUUACUUCAUCUGUAGAGACUGAAGUACAAGAAAGGGAUGUUGUUAAUUUGAAUAAUUCUGGUUCAGAGGAUCAUGAUAAUGUCAAAGUGCACACAUCACCAAGAAAGUCAGCCAAGAUUCCAUUGAAUCAGCAGUUUCCUCCAGAUAGUUUUAAAAUAUCUCCAGUUUUUAAUGAUCAAGUAUCAAGUCAGCAGGGAGGCUCUUCAGGAAUUAUUCACGAUGACAUUUACAAAGAUGAAGCAGUAGCAGGUCCCAGUGGAAUAAAUACAAGACAUCUUGUAUCCUCCACCCCAAAUAUACAGUCAACAGCAACGCACCUGUUGGCUGGUACGGACCGGAAGAUGAAUGGAGAUGACCAAUCAGAAAGCAGUGAGUCUACAAGUGGCUGCUCAUCCUUGGUACCUCAAGCUAACCGACAGUAUCAGGCUGGUGGAAGAGUGAUAAACAGUUCAUCAGGGCGAAGGCGGAGCAUGGAUGAGAAGUUGAGCUUUACUGGUCAUCUCCAGAGCCCACGGACAUUGUUCUCUGACCGAAGCCACAGUCGUAGUCCACGGCUUACCCCAUAUGCCAACAGAAAAAGGCCAUCGUUCAAUGUAUCUUCAUUUGCCUCACCAUUUCAGGGGAAGGAUAAAUCUGCAGUUGAGAGUUGUGUUACCAGUUCACCAUUCUACGCAGGGAGGACAAUGUAUGGAGGGGCUUCUGCCUACAGGACUAAGGACAGGUCAUUUGUUCAUUGUGAGGUUGUAUCUCAGAAACGAGGUGGGGUUCAAGUGAAGCCCGUGAAUUUUGCAUCUGAUUCACUAAGCAGCAUGAGCACAACAGCUCGGCGUAUUCUUGAGGCACUAGAACAGUUUUCAACACCAGUUCUUGAUGCUAAACGCAUACCUCUGGAAUCUUCAACUCCACCACUAAGUUUGAAGCAUAAACGUAUAUACACAGGACUGCGCCCCAGUCAAGCACCUCAUACAUCAAAAUCAGCAUGUGGCCUGACUAUUCCCACUGUGCCAGACUUGUUGAAAAUGAAAUGCCGUGAGAAGUUGCAGGAUUCCUUGGAGUCUGCGCGUCUCAUUGCUGUGACAUCUUAUCCAAGCAACUUUAAUCAAGAGUAUAGACUUAGGUUUGAGGAUGGUGAGCAGAGUGGAAAACAUGUGGGAAAGAUCAGAGGCAAGGAGAAAGAAUUAGAAGAGGAAACUGUAGCAGCAGUAAAUCUCCCUAACAUUUCAUUACCACUUACAUCUCUUCCAAAGUUUGACUUUAUAGUUCCUCCAGCUUCUAGUACCCCUAAAGUCACCUGUACUUUCAAAUUUGCAUCCCCAAUCACUGUCACAGAAAAUGCAAGGACAAGUUUGCCUACAGAUACCUUUACUUUCAGUAAGCCUAUCAGUGCUGUAGGUAAUAAGAACACCACAAUGAGCAGAGAAAUGAAUGGUGUUGGUACUUUCAUUCCAGAUUUUGCUCCCAAAUUAGGUGCAAUGCAAUUCAUGUCUGGAAGUGACAAUAAAUCAGUGUCUUCUGAUGCCGGUGUGUCAUGUAAUAAUAGUCAGAGUAGUGAUGUGUGUUUUGGCACCAAAGCUGCCACAGAACUGAAAGCAGGUAGUGUGAUGGACAUUUUGGGAAAGAAGCCCAUCUCCAUUGAUAAGGAAGAAUUGAAGGAGGUUACUUCAAGUAGCAGUGUCUCUUUAGAUAAGUUCAGACCAGCCCCUGGAACUUGGGAGUGUGGGCUCUGCAUGAUCCGCAAUAAGAGCGAUGCCAUGAGGUGUAUUGCCUGUGAGACUAUCCGAACAUUUGUUGGAUCAGUGAGUUUUAAUAUGGCAGCUACGACAGCAUGUCCUGAAAUUCAAUCCAGUGCAUCAGAGGACAUGUGGGAUUGCAGUUCCUGCCAUGAACAUAAUCCAUGCUGUGUUGCAAUGUGUGGAAAGUGCUUAGUAGCAAGGACUGGACAAAGCCUGUCUCAAGCUAAAGAGCCAGACAAACCAGCAGUUUCAAUCUCUGGAUUUGGCAAUAAAUUCAAACCUGCAAGUGAUACUUGGGAAUGUAGCACAUGCUUAGUACGGAAUCCAGGCUCCACUAAUUUUUGUCAGGCCUGUGAAACCCAAGGACCAGUAUUAACUACCAAGUCAUCACCCAAGGUUGGUUUUGGAUUUGGUGACAGGUUUAAGAAACCACCAGGAGCCUGGAAUUGUCCAGAUUGCAUGGUGCAGAACAGCGCUGAUUCAUUGAAUUGUGUAGCAUGUAAGAGAGCCAAACCUGGUUCUGAGCCCGAGUCAACUGUGAAGUUUAAUUUUGGAAUUGAUAAGGCUAAUUUUUCGGUAAAGGAGUCUGACAUUUACUCUUCUUCAAACAUGCAGGGGUUCAAAUUUGGUGAAACCAAGGUGACAGCUGCAUCAGGCUUCUCUUUUGGAGUAACCCAGACCUGUGAAACAAAAGGGUUGGUAUUGGGUAGCACAUCAUCAUCUCCAUUGUCCACAACUGGUGUUUUAUUUGGAGAUGGGUUUAAGAAAUCACCAGGGACAUGGAAUUGUCCAGUUUGCAUGAUUCAGAUUAACAAUGACUCAUUAAAAUGUGUACAGUGUGAGAAAAUGAGGCCUGAUUCAAGUUCACAAUCAGCCAUAAAGUUCAGUUUUGGAAUUGAUAAGGCUGGUGUUUCACUAAAGGAGUCUGACAUUGCCUCUUCAUCAAAAAUGCAAGGUUUUAAAUUUGGUGAAACCAAGGUGACAGUUGCAUCAGACACUGUACCUAGAAUACCAGACUCAGAUAUAUCAACUGUUGUUACCACUGGUUUUAGUUUUGGAAAUUCAGCUUCUCCGCUCUCAGUGGUAAAAACUGCAGGUACAAGCUCACAUUCACAAACGGAAUUUUCUUUUGGAGUUCCACGUCCUGAAUUUCAGUCACAAGCAUCAGAUGGAGAUAAACCAUCUGGAGGUAUGCCAAAGAAAUGCCGGUCUUCUGAUACUGUUGAGGUGACUGUAAAUUCAGAUGGUGAUGCGCAUACAAAUUCAGGUUUAAGUAGAGAACCUGCAACUUCAAACUGCACACAACAAAUACAAGAUAAUUCUGACAGUAAAGACCAUGGCACAAAGAGGGUCACAUUUUCAUUUGGUGCAGCUGGUGGCACAAGUGAGAAGCCUAAUACAGCAACGAAAACAGUUGAUUGUGCAAAGCCUACUUUCAGUUUUCCUGUUUCUACUGUGGGUACAGCUUCCACAGACUUCAGCUUGAGUUCAGUUAAGCCAGUUGUUUCUACUAUUCCCAGUUUCAGUUUCACUUCAUCACAAGCUUCAUUUGGCAGCAGUACUGCCACACCUGUAACCGUGAGCAGUAUUGGUGCUUCUACUGACGUCUUAACAUCAAAUGUCACUUCUGCAGCAUCAUCAAAUUUGUUUUCUUUUGGUUCACCAAAAUCAUGUGUGGCAUUUGGAGGGUCUUCUCAGCAGUUAGCCAAUACUUCUGGAUCAGUGCCAACAUGUGGCAGUGCAUUGAAAGCUACUGCUUCUCCAGCUGCUUUCAAUUUUAUUCCUAACAUUAACAACAAAGAAUCUGUUGGAGCUACAACAUCAAGCUUUGCAUCAUUGGCAAGCACUGGAUCAAAAGCAACAUUUGGCACAUCAUUGAAAACUACUGCUGCUUCAUCUAAUUUCAGCUUUAUUGCUGAAUUUAAUAAAGCGCGCCCUGUUGUUACUGUACCAAACUUUGUAUCAGUAACAAGUGCUGCAACUGUUACAGCAUUUGGACCCUUAACCACAACUAACACUUCAUCCUCCCUGCCAAAUUUUAAUUCUGCCACAACAUCUAAUUUUGGUUUUGCAGCAAGAAGCACAUUUCCAGUAUUUGGCACACCCAGCAUAUCUACUGCAGGUACUACCAUUUUAACAUCAUCUAGUUCUAGUAUUACUUCAGCUCCACUUUUCAGUACAGGAUUUGCCUCUCUUAAUGAACAGAAGCCAUCACUGCCAGCUGUCAGUAAUUCAGCAACCAAACCUGUACCAUUUCCUUCUGCUGGACAGACAUUUUCUUUUGGUAGCCCUCAGAAUGACAAAGGAUUUGCCAGUAAUGGUGCAUUUAGUUUUGGUGCAACCUCACCACCAGGGGCAAAUUCAGGUUUUCAGUUUGUUUCAAACAAUCAGUCAGCUCCUCAGGUUGGGCCUACUUUCAGUUUUGGAUCCAAUGUAGUUACAACAUCCAGUGCUACAAUCCCAUCAUUUGGAACACAACCUGUUUGUGCCCCUGUGUUUGGGGCAGCAGCCUCAAUAUUUGGUAGCAGCAAUCCUGGCACCAACAGCACUACUAUUACCAGUGCUGCUGCUCCUGCUCCUGCUCCUACUGUCACACCUGCUACCAGCACGUCAUUCAAAUUUGGCUCCUCUAUUUCACAACCAAGUUCAAACUUGUUUGGCUUCCCUGCAAGUCAGGUCACUGGAUUGACUAAUGUUGGAGUUUCAAACUUGACCAGCCCAACACCAAACUUCAACUUCAACCAGGCACAGGUAGCUGCACAACCUUCAGCCCAGACUGCUGCACCAACAUUUGACCCUUCUGUACGGCCCAUUUUCAACUUCACCAAGGGGGAAACACCUUCAUUUACAGCUGCUGGUACUCCAGGGUCUGUACGUCGUUUCAAGAAGGCAUUAAGGAGGACACAUCCUCGAUAAGAAAGUGGAGUGUUGGAGCUGUUGACUUUUGUAUUAUAUGUAACAGAAGAUUCUAGUGAUUCACAUGUUCUUCAUAAAAAAGAUUUAUGUUAACAUCAAACUGAAAAGGUUGACUUUUAGAAUGAAAUCUCACAAUUAAAAUAUAAAAUUGAAGUAUUUGAAUUUUAGAAAAAAUUUCACAAUAAAUGAUAUAAAAUUUAAAUUAAUAAAAUGAAUGAUGAACACAGCUGAGUUGACUUAUUUAUAAUUAGUAGUACUUUUAAUCUUAACAAGGUACCAAUCAUGGAAUCAUAAACAUUUCAUUCAGAAUAACAUCGUCAUUAUAAACAUUUCGAACACACUUUGACAUGAAAUUUACGAAGUAGCUGCUAACAAAGCCAAAAGUAAAAUUCAAGAACUUUUGAAACAUGUGUGUUUUAGUGUGAAGUGACAUUGUCUUUGAGAGUAACAGUUUGUUUUCAAAGGCUCCAGGUCAGUACAUUGCUGUGGUUUCAUAUAUUGUUCCACUUAGAUCUGGUAGGAAUUGCUUCAUCCAAAUUGUGGGUAGACAGUUUACUUCAAGCAAUUGAGUAAUUAUUUAAGUAACUUAUAAAAUAUAUAAUUAAAGUGGCAUUCAGAACAUUGUAAGGAGGAGAGUAAGGGAUUUUGGUCAGGAACCUGAAUGCCAUUUUCCAUUGCUGUGGUUUAGAUGUCAUCUAUGGCCUGGUUACUCUGAUGAUAACUGUAAUAAUUUUGUUGUUUUGUGAAGAUCCUCUGAAUGUGUAUGGUUAAGUAACCAGGUGCUAGCAUAGGUUGCCUCACUUCUAGUUUGGGAUGUGUUGGCUGUGAACAUUCUCUGUGUUUUUGAGGGCUAUGUCCUCGUUCCUCAUUCCUCACAUUUUCGGUAGAAUCACAAUAAAAGUGCAUUUUCAUGUCAGAACAAUGUGUCUAUUAUUACAAUUAUGAAUGGCCUUAAAAUGAGUGCCAUUUUUUCAAGAGAAUGUUCACAGUGUUAGUGUAUAAUGAAUAUAAUUGUUUUAGCAAUCUUAUUAGUUUUGUUUGCAUUGGGAUGGAAUACAUUAGUAGCCAGACAUGGUUUUUUACACACAUGUACACAUUUGUGGCCUGGCCCACAGAAUUUGUUUUGAAUUUUUAAUAUACCACACGUAGCUGUGUGUGGUAUUGAUAUAUAAUAAAAAUAUAUGAACUAUUUCUCAUGAAAUUGCCAAAUGAUGGUAAUGGUAUGAAUUUUCUAGGAAGCUUUUCUGUGAUAUUCUUGUGGGCCAGGUCUUUAGGCACAUAUGGUCAUGUAAAUGUCUAUUUUGUGUAGAAGGCAGGCUCACUCCUCAAAAGUUCCGCCAGGAAAAGCGGAUUCCUAUUCUUUUAAUAGGUGUAUGACGUGAUGUGACUGUGUCAGAGGAUGUUGAUGAUUGUAUGCUGUGUUUUGGACAAAUAUUUACAUAUAUGACACUGUUUUUGAUUAGAAAAAUAUAUGAAAAAGGUGUGUGAAAGGAGUUAGACUGCUUUGUGUGUAAAUAUGGUAUUAAAUGUUUUUGGCUGUCAU